CCCGCCCCUUCCGCCAGCGGCGCGCUCUGAUUGGCUGAUGCGGAGGUGACCCCCGGCGCGCCCCCGGGAUGGCGGCGGCGGCGCUGGGCCGGGGCCCGCUGUUCCUGCGCUGCCGCUGCUGGCGGGGCCUGGCCUCCGGCACGGACGGGGAGUCGCGCCUGGCGCGGCUGCUGCGGGAGCGCUUCCCGCGGGCCUCGGCCAUCAAGGUGGUGGACAUCUCAGGAGGCUGCGGCGCCAUGUACGAGAUCCACGUGGAGUCGGAGGAGUUCCGGGAGAAGCGCACGGUGCAGCAGCACAGGAUGGUGACCCAGGUCUGGGGCAGGGGACGGGGAA